GUCGUAGGGGAAACACCCCUGGUGAGGCCUGGCCCUGGGAGGAGACCCCUGAACUGACUGCUGUGUGGACACAAGGCUGCUGCUGUGGACACAAGGGCCCGUCUCUGAGAUGAAAGCCAUGCCUUGGAACUGGACCUGCCUGCUGUCCCAUCUACUGAUGGUAGGCAUGGGUUCCUCCACGCUGCUGCCUCGGCAGCCUCCCUCGCUGUCCCAGAAGCGACCUCUGGUCACGUUCCGAGGGGAGCCUACAGAGGGCUUCAACCAUCUGGUGGUGGACGAGAGGACAGGGCACAUUUAUUUGGGGGCUGUGAACCGGAUCUACAAGCUCUCCAGUGACCUGAAGGUCCUGGUGACCCACCAGACAGGGCCAGAUGAGGACAACCCUAAGUGUUACCCACCCCGGAUUGUCCAGACCUGCAAUGAACCCCUGUCCAUCACCAACAAUGUCAACAAGAUGCUGCUCAUAGACUACAAGGAGAAUAGACUCAUUGCCUGCGGGAGCCUCUACCAGGGAAUCUGCAAGCUCCUGAGGCUGGAGGACCUCUUCAAGCUGGGGGAGCCCUUCCAUAAGAAGGAACACUACCUGUCGGGAGUCAAUGAGAGCGGCUCCGUCUUUGGAGUGAUCGUCUCCUACAGCAACCUGGAUGACAAGCUCUUCAUCGCCACAGCCGUCGAUGGCAAGCCUGAGUAUUUCCCCACUAUCUCCAGCCGGAAGCUGACCAAGAACUCAGAGGCUGAUGGCAUGUUUGCAUACGUCUUCCAUGAUGAGUUUGUGGCCUCUAUGAUUAAGAUCCCUUCAGACACCUUCACCGUCAUUCCCGACUUUGAUAUUUACUAUGUCUAUGGCUUUAGUAGUGGCAACUUUGUUUACUUUUUGACCCUUCAGCCUGAGAUGGUGUCUCCCCCAGGCUCCACCACAAAGGAGCAGGUCUAUACGUCCAAGCUGGUGAGGCUUUGCAAAGAGGAUACUGCCUUCAACUCCUACGUGGAAGUGCCCAUCGGCUGUGAGCGAAAUGGGGUUGAGUACCGCCUGCUGCAGGCAGCCUACCUGUCCAAAGCCGGGGCUGUUCUGGCCCGGUCCCUUGGGGUCCGCUCAGACGACGACCUCCUCUUCACCGUCUUCUCCAAGGGCCAGAAGAGGAAGAUGAAGUCGUUGGAUGAGUCGGCCCUAUGCAUCUUCAUCUUGAAGCAGAUCAACGACCGCAUCAAGGAGCGUCUGCAGUCCUGCUACCGUGGUGAGGGCACACUGGACUUGGCCUGGCUCAAGGUCAAGGAUAUCCCCUGCAGCAGUGCGCUCCUAACUAUCGAUGACAACUUCUGUGGCCUGGACAUGAAUGCCCCGCUGGGGGUGUCUGAGAUGAUCCGGGGCACCCCUGUCUUCACGGAGGACAGUGAUCGCAUGACUGCGGUCAUCGCCUAUGUCUACAAGAACCACUCCCUGGCCUUCGUGGGCACCAAGAGUGGCAAGCUGAAGAAGCUCCUCCCUUCCCUUCCCCCACCUGGAGACCAGCCAGCCCACCAGUAUGAGACAGUGCAGGUGGUAGACCCGGGCCCUGUUCUCCGGGAUAUGGCCUUUUCCAAGGACCACGAACAGCUCUACAUCAUGUCGGAGAGGCAGCUGACCAGAGUCCCCGUGGAGUCCUGCAGUCAAUACAAGAGCUGCAGUGAGUGCCUGGGCUCCGGCGAUCCUCACUGUGGCUGGUGUGUGCUCCACAACACGUGCACCCGGAAGGAACGGUGUGAACGCUCCCGAGAGCCCCGCAGGUUUGCCUCAGAGAUGAAGCAUUGUGUCCGGCUGAUGGUCCAUCCCAACAACAUCUCUGUCUCCCAGUACAAUGUGCUGCUGGUCCUGGAGACCUACAAUGUCCCAGAGCUGUCAGCAGGCGUCAGCUGCACCUUUGAGGACCUGUCAGAGAUGGAUGGGCUGGUAGUGGGCAGUCAGAUCCAGUGCUACUCCCCCGCAGCCAGGGAGGUGCCUCGAAUCAUCACAGACAACGGGGACCACCACGUUGUCCAGCUGCAACUCAAGUCCAAAGAGACAGGCAUGACGUUUGCCAGCACCAGCUUUGUCUUCUACAACUGCAGCGUCCACAACUCGUGCCUGUCCUGUGUGGAGAGCCCAUACCGUUGCCACUGGUGUAAAUAUCGACAUGUCUGCACCCACGACCCUAAGACAUGCUCCUUCCAGGAAGGCCGUGUGAAAAUGCCAGAGGACUGCCCCCAGCUGCUGCGUGUGGACAGGAUCCUGGUGCCUGUGGAAGUAAUCAAGCCCAUCACUCUCAAGGCCAAGAACCUGCCUCAGCCCCAGUCGGGCCAGCGCGGGUACGAGUGUGUUCUCCACAUCCAGGGCAGCGAGCAGCGGGUGCCGGCCCUGCGCUUCAAUAGCUCCAGCGUGCAGUGUCAGAACACCUCGUAUUCCUAUGAAGGCAUGGAGAUCAACAACCUGCCCGUGGAACUGAUGGUUGUGUGGAAUGGACACUUCAACAUUGACAACCCAGCUCAGAACAAAGUGCACCUAUACAAAUGUGGAGCCAUGCGUGAGAGCUGCGGGCUGUGCCUCAAGGCAGACCCCGACUUCGAGUGUGGCUGGUGCCAGAGCCAGGCUCAGUGCACCCUGCGUCAGCACUGCCCCAUCCACGAGAGCCGGUGGCUGGAGCUGUCAGGUGCCAACAGCAAGUGCACGAACCCCCGAAUCACAGAGGUCAUCCCAGUGACGGGCCCCCGGGAAGGAGGCACCAGGGUCACCAUCCGAGGGGAGAACCUGGGCAUGGAAUUCCGGGACAUCGCCUCCCACGUCAAGGUAGCCGGCGUGGAGUGCAGCCCAUUGGUGGACGGCUACAUCCCUGCCGAGCAGAUCGUGUGUGAGAUGGGGGAGGCCAGGCCCAGCCAACAUGCCGGCUUCGUGGAGAUCUGUGUGGCUGUUUGUCGCCCCGAGUUCAUGGCCCGCUCAUCACAGCUCUACUAUUUCAUGACGCUGACUCUCUUGGAUCUGAAGCCAAACCGGGGACCUAUGUCUGGGGGCACCCAGGUGACCAUCACAGGCAGCAACCUGAAUGCUGGCAGCAAUGUGAUUGUGAUGUUUGGGAAGCAGCCCUGCCUCUUCCACAGGCGGUCCCCAUCCUACAUCGUCUGCAACACCACGUCCUCAGAGGAGGUGCUGGAGAUGAAGGUGACGGUGCAGGUAGACCGGGCCAGGGUCCACCAGGACCUGUCCUUCCAGUACGUGGAGGACCCCACCAUCGUGCGGAUUGAACCUGAAUGGAGCAUUGUCAGUGGGAACACGCCCAUUGCUGUGUGGGGGACGAACCUGGACCUCAUACAGAACCCUCAGAUCCGGGCCAAGCAUGGCGGGAAGGAGCACAUCAACAUCUGUGAGGUUCUCAACGACACGGAAAUGACCUGUCAGGCCCCGGCCCUCACCCUGGGGCCUGACCAACAGUCUGACCUGACUGAGAGGCCCGAGGAGUUUGGCUUCAUCCUUGACAAUGUCCAAUCCCUGCUCAUCCUCAACAAGACCAAUUUCACCUACUAUCCCAACCCGGUGUUUGAGGCCUUUGGACCCUCGGGGAUCCUGGAACUCAAGCCAGGCACACCCAUCAUAUUGAAGGGCAAGAACCUGAUCCCGCCGGUGGCUGGGGGCAACGUGAAGCUCAACUACACGGUGCUGGUGGGGGAGAAGCCCUGCACAGUGACCGUGUCGGAUGUGCAACUGCUUUGCGAAUCCCCCAACCUCAUCGGGAGGCACAAAGUGAUGGCCCGGGUCGGCGGCAUGGAGUACUCCCCGGGCAUGGUGUAUAUCGCCCCUGACAGCCCACUCAGUCUGCCCGCCAUAGUCAGCAUUGCCGUGGCCGGUGGCCUGCUCAUCAUUUUCAUCGUGGCGGUUCUCAUCGCCUACAAGCGUAAGUCCCGAGAGAGUGACCUCACCCUGAAGCGGCUGCAGAUGCAGAUGGACAACCUGGAGUCCCGCGUGGCCCUGGAGUGUAAGGAAGCCUUUGCUGAGCUGCAGACAGACAUCCAUGAGCUGACCAGUGACCUGGACGGUGCCGGGAUCCCCUUCCUAGACUACAGGACCUACACCAUGCGGGUGCUGUUUCCGGGGAUCGAGGACCACCCUGUCCUCCGGGACCUGGAGGCCCCAGGAUACCGACAGGAGCGCGUGGAGAAGGGCCUGAAGCUCUUUGCACAGCUGAUCAACAACAAGGUCUUCCUGCUGUCCUUCAUCCGCACCCUUGAGUCCCAGCGCAGCUUCUCCAUGCGCGACCGUGGCAACGUGGCGUCACUCAUUAUGACAGUGUUGCAGAGCAAGCUGGAGUACGCCACCGAUGUACUCAAGCAGCUGCUGGCCGACCUCAUCGACAAGAACCUGGAGAGCAAGAAUCACCCCAAGCUGCUGCUCAGGAGGACGGAGUCGGUGGCUGAGAAGAUGUUGACCAAUUGGUUCACUUUCUUACUCUACAAGUUCCUCAAGGAGUGUGCCGGGGAGCCGCUCUUCUCCCUGUUCUGUGCCAUCAAGCAACAGAUGGAGAAGGGCCCCAUCGAUGCCAUCACGGGCGAGGCACGCUACUCCCUGAGCGAGGACAAGCUCAUUCGACAGCAGAUCGACUAUAAGACUCUGGUCCUGAGCUGUGUCAACCCAGACAGCGUCAACAGUCCUGAGGUCCCCGUGAAGAUCCUCAACUGCGACACCAUCACCCAGGUCAAGGAGAAGAUUCUGGAUGCCAUCUUCAAGAACGUUCCCUGUUCCCACCGGCCCAAGGCAGCAGACAUGGACCUGGAGUGGCGACAAGGCAGUGGGGCGAGGAUGAUCCUACAGGAUGAAGACAUCACCACCAAGAUUGAGAAUGACUGGAAGAGACUAAACACUCUGGCCCACUACCAGGUGCCAGAUGGUUCCGUGGUGGCCUUAGUGUCAAAGCAGGUGACAGCUUACAAUGCAAUGAACAACUCCACCGUCUCCAGGACCUCAGCCAGUAAAUAUGAGAACAUGAUCCGGUACACGGGCAGCCCCGACAGCCUCCGCUCCCGCACGCCCAUGAUCACCCCAGACCUGGAGAGCGGAGUCAAGCUAUGGCACCUAGUGAAGAACCACGAGCAUGGGGACCAGAAGGAGGGCGACCGAGGAAGCAAGAUGGUGUCUGAAAUCUACCUGACCCGACUGCUGGCCACCAAGGGCACACUGCAGAAGUUUGUAGACGAUCUCUUCGAGACCAUCUUCAGCACGGCGCACCGGGGCUCAGCCCUGCCUCUGGCCAUCAAGUACAUGUUCGACUUCCUGGAUGAGCAAGCCGACAAGCAUGGCAUUCACGACCCCCAUGUCCGCCACACCUGGAAAAGCAACUGCCUGCCUCUGAGGUUUUGGGUCAACAUGAUCAAGAACCCGCAGUUCGUGUUUGACAUCCACAAGAAUAGCAUCACAGACGCCUGCCUGUCGGUGGUAGCCCAGACCUUCAUGGACUCCUGCUCCACGUCAGAGCACCGGCUGGGCAAGGACUCGCCCUCCAAUAAACUGCUCUACGCCAAGGACAUCCCUAGCUACAAGAGCUGGGUGGAGAGGUAUUACUCUGACAUCGGGAAGAUGCCGGCUAUCAGUGACCAGGACAUGAAUGCCUACCUGGCUGAGCAGUCCCGCAUGCACAUGAACGAAUUCAACACCAUGAGCGCAUUGUCGGAAAUCUUCUCCUACGUGGGCAAGUACAGCGAGGAGAUCCUUGGCCCUCUGGACCACGAUGACCAGUGUGGGAAGCAGAAACUGGCCUACAAACUAGAACAAGUCAUAACCCUCAUGAGCUUAGACAGCUGA